AUGUGUCAGGUGGAUAUUCUGUGGAAAAGUCAUGAAACUCAAAAUGCCAUUGUUGUUCUUCUUUCGSCUGCUCRCUUCUGCAGKGACCUCUGCACUGCUCUGCAUGUUGGGCUGGAGACUCACGCUCAGUCUGAUGUGCUGCAGGUGUCCACAGCUCACGGACCCAAUGCUUAUGGGAACCGGUCUCUGGUGCAGAUUGGAAGCAUAUCAGGCUACAUCGACACACCUGAUCCCCCGACCAUCAUCAGCUACCUGCCAGGUCUCCUGUACAGGUUCAGCUGCAGUUAUCCUCUGGAAUAUUUGGUCAACAACACACAGCUGGCCUCGACUCAUCGUACGUCCAGCACCUGUCCAUCCCCAUGGCAGGACUGACUCUGAAGACACGUGUGUUUGCAGCUGUUAGAGCCUCCAACCUGGACAGGAGAUGGAACGUUUUGAUGGACUACUGUUACACCACGCCUUCUGGAAARCCUAAUGAUGAUCUUCGCUAUGAUCUCUUCUUUAGUUGUGAAAAAGACCCCCAGACGACUGUCUUUGAGAACGGGAAGAGCCAAAUGGGUCGUUUUGCCUUUGAGGUGUUCCGAUUUGUGAAGCACAAGAACCAGAAGAUGUCCACCGUCUUUCUGCACUGUGUUACCAAGCUGUGUCGAGCAGAUGACUGUCCCAUGCUCCUGCCGAUCUGUGGCAGCAGAAAAAAGAGGGAGAUCUCAGAAGGAAAGGACUCAGGCACAUCGUCUGGAAAUGCUGUUCUGACUGCUGGGCCGAUCAUCACUCGGAGUGAAGAAACACCAACCAACACUUCUCAACUUGCCAAUCUGAAAACCCCCGAGUUUCAGAUGAACACAGUGACAACCGUGCUCAUCACAAGUGUGAUCAUUUUGGGUGUCACCAGCAUUUGCUUCUUCAUCUUCUCCCUCACACUCCUCAAAGGAAAGAGUUUUCCUGUCACCAGUGUGUCUGGAGUCCACAACCCAGCCUUCAACUGAGCACACGAACGCACCUCUCAGAAGACUCAGACUCAUCUCGCAAAGCUGAGCUGGAYUAUAAGAAGACACAAGACCUGUGCAUCUAGUCGUUGUACUGGAAACCAGAUGAAAUAGAAACCCCUUCCCAUGGCUGAACAGUGUUAGUGUAGAGAUACAGCUGGAAUGUGAUGUCCUACCUUAUAAUACAACAACAAAUUACAUAGUAAAGAAAGAAAUUUUCAAGUGAGAACAAUGUACAUCAUAUGUAAUACCUCACAUGUACAUACAAAAAGAUUGUUGAUAAAGUGGAAUAAAUAAAUGGAAAGAUGGAAUGAAGAAUCUAUAGCAGGAUUGAAGGAAUAMUCAUGUUUGAAAUGAUGUUCCAAUCUGAUUCAAUCCAGCUUUAUUUGUAAAGCACUUUAAAACACCACAGCAGGCCAAUGAGCUGUACAGUCAACAAUAAAACAUGACAAAACAGCUCGUUCUCACUCCCAUCUCGUCACUUAUUGAUGCGUCUUGUUUUGUGUCGAGUAUGCCCCUCACGUCAGUWAUAGAUGAGAUGAGAACAUGAAAGAUAAGCCCAUUGUCAUAUUUUUGAAAGGUGUAGAAAACACAUAACAACUAACUGUUAUCUUAACCCUAAACUUCAUCAUUAUUAGCCCUACACUGCAAAAAACGUCAAUCUUACCAAGUUUUAAAAUCUUAUA